AUCCCGUCAUGCAAGACAAACAUUUUGCCUCCAUUCUCAGCAUCAACUCAAUUGCCUAAGAAGGUGCCAAAGAAAACGACAUUCAAAAUGGGUGGUCUUAACCUCGAAGUGUUCAAGUUCGGCACGUAUAUCAUGUUUCCUAUCGGAAUCAUGUUCUACUUUGGCACCAACCUCGAUAACCGCUUCGCCGUACCUGGCUUCUGGCCCAAGCCUGAAGAGUGCAACAAGAUCCCCAAGGACCGAGACGAGAUCAAAGCCGAGUAUGACCGCAUCGUGGCGCGACAAAAGCUCCGACAGGCCAAAAAGCUUGAAGAGGAACGCAAAAGAGCAGCACAGCAGCCCGAGAAUGACCAGCCCGAUUCUUGAAGCCCAGCGAAUCGGAUUCAAGCAUGUACAUUAUUAGCCCGAGGGUUCGGCAACGGCAGCAUUAACGAUGUAUUCAUGGCGUUUGGA